UUCGUUCAAUGGCCAAAUGACAACGAAAUCUUGACUGUAAGUAGUAGCCCAACCUGUUUCGCCCGUGGCAACGAAACAUUCUUGGAGCGAAUUGCACACCCAUUAUGGCGCGGGGAGAUUGGAUGCCUACUUUCAGGAUCGUAUGGGAAAAUGUUUUGUUUGCUUAUUCGACGGACAAUGUCUUACGCGAGCCUGAUGAUGAUCCGUGAGAGGAUACCCCGAGUCCACCACCACUCUCUCCGCGUACCUACAUUAGCGCCAAAUCCUACCGUCGUAGUCGGCACAUCCUGGAAGUAUCAAACCAGACUCCACGGUGCCUAAUGCACAACCCUUCAGUCCAAGCGGGGGCUGCCCACCAGCGUCAUCUCAUAACGCCAGGAACCAGGCGUGGGAGUUGACCCGAGUACAAAAGACUCUCCACGUCCUCAUCUCUAUCCCUUCAAAUCAUCACCAGUUUCAGCACUCUCAUUCAUUCUUUGCACAGUCACUCUUUUUCUAGCUCUGGAGCUACACUGCACAUUCAUUCAACUGUUCAUACACCUCAUACUGUAUUCAAACUCGGGAUUGAUUUGACUGCAAUUGCGCCAGUAUCAUCAAUACCAUUACCACGUCUCCCCUCUUUUUUUUUAUUUUACCGAAACCUUGAAUCCAACCUUCAAGAUGCAGUACAACAUCUUCACUGGCGCUCUUCUCGCAGCUCUCGUCACUUCCGUGGCUGGCCACACCGAUGUGACCGAGGUUACCAUUGGCGGCAAGACCUACAAGGGCUUCUACGGAGCCUCCAAGGCUGAGUGCAAGUCGGAUUCUCCCGCUUGGUGCACCAACCAGGGAUGGGGACACCAGCCGGUGAUGGGUGACAAGAUCAACCACGCCGACAUCAUCGCCCACAUAGAUGCCUCUCCCAGCUCAUAUACUGCUGAGGCCCCGGCUGGAUCAGAUGUUACAUUCAAAUGGUUUCGCACCGGUAGCUGCGAAGCCAAGAACGAAGUCGGAUGGGAUUGCAGCCACCACGGCUCCACUUCGACAUGGCUUGCUCCUUGCAACGGCGAUUGCAGCAAGGUUGAUAAGACCCAGCUGUCCUUCUUCAAGAUUCAUGAGAGCGGUCUUCUUGGAUACCCUGCCGGCACCCGUUACGCCCAGGGCAGCGCUAAGGGACAGACAGGCAAAUGGGCAACCGACGAGAUCUUUUACGACAACGGCAACAAGCAGACUGUCAAGAUCCCCAAGGGUAUUCCCAACGGCAACUACGUUCUCCGCACAGAGGUCAUGUCCAUCCACAACAACGGCCCGGUCUCUGAACGACAAUUCUGGCCCCAGGCCUUCAACAUCAAGGUCACUGGAGGUUCCGGAUCUACGACACCCCAGGGUAUCAAGGCUACACAGAUCUACAAGAGCUCCGAUGCUCUUUUGACCUUCGACAUGUACAACCACGCCGCCGGCGCUACGAUCUCUGUCCCUGGCCCCAAGGUUGCUUCUGUUGCCAGUGCUUCCAAGAGGAGCCAUGCUCGCGAUUUCGCUUAA